AUGAGCCGUCGAACGAAGACCUUGUUACAAACAACUGCCAACCUGUUACGUCCACAGAUAACUGAAGAUCUGCAUCAGAAGCUCCUGUAUAACAAAGAACGUCAGGCAAAGUACUACAACCGAGGAGCUCGGACACUCGCAAGGCUUAAUCCCGGUGAUACAGUCAGAAUGUAUCAUGGAUCCAACAAGACCAAAGAUCAGGAAUUACUCAAGGCCUCAGUCAGGUCCCAAGUCAGCACGUGGUCUUAUGAAGUCGUUACCAAACAUGGAAAAACGUUUCGCAGAAAUCGGGUUCAUCUAAGAAAGUCUACAGAGCAGUUUUGCCCCCAGCAGUCCUCUUCUCUAGCAAAUGGAGCAUUCUCUGUUCCAAUGCAACAGAAAAGCGGCAACAAAGCUAUUACACCAGCUGAGCCUACAGCCUGUAGUUCUCCUGCCCAAACAUCUAGAGAUGAUCCUCUGCCUUUCGAUCCAAUCAGCAACAGCUCUGCCCAAUCACUGUGUAUAACGACCAGAUCGGGCAGACCAGUCAAAUGCCCUAGCCACCUCAAGGACUUUGUUUGA